AUGGCGGAAAAUAAUAAAAAACAAAUCAAAGACCCACCCGCUAGUUUCCACUCUAAAGUGUGGAGACACUUCGGGUUUUAUGAGACAGUCGACGGAAAGGCACUGGAUAAAGACUAUGCAAUCUGCAAGAACUGCUUUGCAAAGAUAAAAUACAACAGCAACACUACAAAUCUGCAAAUGCACCUCGUUCGCUAUCACGGUGAACUACUCUCGGGUGAUAAUGAGGGCAAACCAAGUCAGCCGACAAUCGCUACUGCAUUCAAAGCAAAGCUCCCCUUUGGUUUGCCGAGGGCAGAGAGUAUCACUAAGUCCAUCGCCGAAUUUAUUUGCAAGGACCUUCGCCCUUACAGCGUGGUCGAGAAUGAUGGAUUUUGCAGAAUGUUGGCAACACUGGAACCGAGAUACGAGAUACCGAGUCGUCGGCACUUUACAGACAAAGUCAUCCCUGCAUUGUAUGCAGAUACCAGAGCCAAAGUGGAGGGUGCGCUCCGGUCUGCUAAACGAGUUGCAUUAACCUGUGAUGGUUGGACAUCAAGGGCCACCGAGUCCUUCGUAACUAUUACUGCCCACUUCAUAGACGACAACUGGGAUGCCCAAAGCUACGUCCUUCAGACUCGGGCUAUGAAUGACAGUCAUACUGGUGCUCACAUGGCAGAGGUGCUUAAGAAGGCUGCAGACGAGUGGAAGCUCACCGAGAAAGAGCCAGCAGUGGUGACUGACAACGCAGCGAAUAUGUCCGUAGCUGUUGAGAUUGCUGGAUAUCCGCACAUUCGCUGUUUCGCUCAUGUUUUGAAUCUCGCGGUGCAGCGUGCCCUCAAACUGCCAAAUGUCGCUCGACUGCUCGGGAGAAUUAGGAGAAUUUGCACAUUCUUCCACAGGAGCACCUCAGCAGCUGAGGCCCUGAAGAGGAACCAGAAGAUGUUAGGCCUUCCGCACCACAAGCUGAUAACUGAUGUUGUUGUCCGCUGGAACAGUGCCUAUGAGAUGAUCAGCCGGUUUCUUGAGCAACAGCCAGCUGUUACUGCUGCCCUCUUAUCUCCAGAGGUCAGAAAGAAUACCACUGACAUCUCUACCCUGACUGAUGGAGACAUCAGGAAUGCCGAAGAGGUUGUGAAAGCCCUCCAUCCAAUGCUGGUAGCAACAAAGAGCAUGUGUGAGGAGAAAAGCCCAACUGUUUCCAUCAUUGCUCCUCUUCACGCCCAACUUCUGAGCGACACACUCAGCACAAUUGAGGAUGCCCCUCUCGUCAAGGACAUAAAGUGUGCCAUCCAUGGAGACCUAUCAAAGCGCUACAUGUCUGCAGAGGAGAAAAACUUCCUCUACGUUGCCUCCGCCUUAGACCCCAGGUUUAAGUCGAUGCUCUUCUUGUCGCCCUCAGAAGUGCAGGAGACGUAUGCCAUGGUGGUGUCCAAGGCUGCUGCCCUGAUGGGGAAUGCAGAUGUGGGAAUGCAGUCUGAUGGUAAUGUAGAGGAGGGAGGAAGCACUGAAGAGAGUGGUCCUGCUGAUGACACCAGUGAUGAGGACCGACCACCACACACACCAAAAAAAAGGAGAUCCGCACUUGCAAACCUCCUUGGACAAACAUUCCAGCAUGUCAGAUCUUCCCUGACCCCAUCGUCACCUAACUCCAAGGCUGAAAAGGAGGUUCAGCAAUAUCAAGAAUCCUCACCUCUACCACUGUCAGAUGAGCCGUUGGGUUGGUGGAAAUCUGAGGCAUGCAAGUACCCACACCUUGCCAAGCUGGCCCAGAGGUACCUGUGUGUGCCAGGGACUAGCGUGCCAUCAGAGAGAAUCUUUUCUACCACCGGUGACAUAAUCUCUGCUCAGAGGUGUGCUCUUACAUCUGAGCAUGCUGAUCAGUUAGUGUUCCUCAAGAAGAAUAUGCCUUGAUGUGUCCACUGUCCAGGUUAACAUAAAGCACUUUACAGUAACUUACUACUGACGUUUCAGUAUCAUGUUCAUGUUGUUUUUUAAUGUUCAUGUCUAGCUGUACAGUGUUUACAUUUAAGACCAGGAGGCAGUGAGUUAUUAUGCAAAUGCAUAUUUCUUUGCACAAUGUUGGAAAUGUUGGCAUUAAUAAAUGCAUCAGAUUUCCUUAUUAUUUCCUUAUUCCUUAUUUUUCUUUUUCAGUCACAUAUAUCGUGAUAUAUCGUUGAUGAAAUUUCUUCCAAUAUAUUGAAUAUUGUAGAUAUCGCGAAUCGUGAUAUUAUCAUUAUCGUGGGCCACAUAUCGCCACAGAAUUGAAUCGUGAGUUACCUGUAUCG